GUCAGGUGAAUGUUGGAUACGGAGAGUAGACACGGUACUGGGCUGGUUCAGGGACCGACAAGGGACCCUUGGCUCACCAUGGAUUACUAUCUCGGUACGGACAGUCUGUCGCUGCAGGAGAUGCUUGAUGUCGACAUCAAAUGCGAAAUCGAAGGUGUCAUCGGCGGACAUACGGAGCUGGGCUUCAAUAUCACCGACAUGUCCAGCUUAGAAAUGGAUGACGAUCCUAUUGGAUGCCACAACGACAUCAGUGGAUGGUUUGGCCCCACUAGUUUGCUCAAUGGGAACAGCAACAGUUCGAAUAGCAAUUUUAAUCUUGAUCUCAACGGAAGCGACGCGGCCUCUAUCAUGGUGAAUCCGAACUCGGUAAUGCCUCACAUAGCGGUUCGAAGUCCUACGCCGAACAACGGUAGGAGACACUUCUCAUUUUCGCCGAAGAAAGACGCGAAGGAGAAGAUCGAUGUGGAGGAGGAAGCGGAGAACGAGGGCAGCAGUUACACAGAGAACGAGAACGAGAACGAGAAUGAAAAUGAAAAUGAGAACGACAACGACAACGAGAACGAGAUCGAGAACGACUCCGAGACAGAGCAGUACGAGAACGAUAUCACGGAAACGGAAGAGGAGUCCGAAGAUGAGCAGCAGGAAGUUUCAAAGUCGGUGACGCCGUCCAAGUCGAAAACAAUCUCGAUAUCAGUUGCUAAAGCGGCCUCCCCUCAGUACACGAAGGCGCAGACCAUCCCGAAGAUGAACGACAUGCCCGGUAUCAGGAUUCAGAAUUUCAAAGUGUUGCAGAGUCCCAACCAGACGCCUCAGCACGUGCGCAAGCAGAUCUACAACAACAACGUACACAUCAAUCCGGGGGCCACCACCGUCACUGCGGUGAAAAGAGAGAAGGAGUUCGAUCUGUCGGACUACGAUGACAAGCCGUACCCGAAACCGGCUUAUUCUUACUCUUGCCUGAUAGCGAUGGCGUUGAAAAAUAGUCAAACGGGUUCUUUGCCCGUCUCGGAGAUCUAUAAUUUUAUCGAACAUUUUCCGUACUUCAAAACUGCGCCGAACGGCUGGAAGAAUUCAGUUAGGCACAACUUAUCGUUGAACAAGUGUUUCGAGAAAAUUGAGAAGCCAGCCGGCAAUGGAAACCAGAGGAAAGGCUGUUUGUGGGCUAUCAAUCCAGCCAAGGUAGCAAAAAUGGACGAGGAGGUGCAGAAAUGGUCCAGAAAGGAUCCUCUAGCUAUUAAAAAAGCAAUGAUAUAUCCAGACCACUUAGAACUGCUUGAAAGGGGUGAGAUGAAGUACGCAGGUAACGGCGACGUAUCCGAAGAAACGGAAAGCUCUGGCGACGAGGCGGUCGAAGAAAGCACGGCAUACGAGGAAUCUAUUCACGGUCAUAUAACUGCAAAUUCAGUGACAGAUAGUUACGAUGAGAGCAGCCAAGAUUGUGAUAUAGAUAUUCACGAGCAUCUUUAUGAUGAAAUUGACAUCGAGGACAAUAAGGAGGCGUUGCACAUGCAUCUAAAUAUUUCUAAGCAAGAACCGUUCGAAUAUGAGCUAAGUUCCAGUACGAAAAGGCAAAAGACAUUAACCGGUGCAAUUCAAGGGAAUUACGUGUAUCAACCAGUGGCUACUACGCGAAGAAAAGCACCUGUUCUUGUACGAGCCGGAACGGGGAACAGCUCAUUUCUUAAGAUCGAUUAAACUUGGGUUUAUUGUCUUAUUAUAAAUUGCUAAUUUUAUAUGUAUCCGUAUAGAUACACAUAAAUCGUGAAGUACAACGCUUCAGGAAAAUAGUUGAUACGCAAGAAAUAUUCCGAUCUCCUAGUCUACUCUUUCUUUUCCUUUAUGUUCAUUUUCUUAAUACGAUCAGUAAUCCUAUUAUUCUAUUCUUCAUUUCAUUUACUUACAAAACGCGAGUUUCUAUCAU